AUGGAUAGUGAGAAAAUCAGGCAGUACAUCGGGGAGCUCGCGUUGGAGGGGGACAAGAGGGCAAUUUAUAGGAUUCUCAUCAAAAUUCGGGCGGACGUGAAGACGCGAGAAGGAAUUGAGGUGUUCCACGCUGAGGGAGGGCUUCAGCCGCUGGUGAAUCUGAUCAAGAAGCCCAAUGAGAAGAUCAUAGACCUGUCGCUCAGCAUUCUGGGGAAUUGCUGCACGGUGGAGAAGUGUGCCAAAAAGGCUGGCGAGCUGGGAAUCGUGGCUCCACUGAUUCUGCUCCUGAGAACCGUCACAAAUGAUAGUAUUCAGUGUCGCACAUGUCGCAUCCUGGGAAAUAUUGCAGCCAUCGAGGAAAUUGCUAAGCAAAUCUCCAGUCGAGGCAUUUCCAGCAUCAUUUUGCCGAUCCUGGACGAGGCGAAGCCAAUAGCAACUCUCGUGAUGGCUGUUCGUCUCUUGAGCAAGAUCUGGAAGAUCACGUCGUUCCAGUUGGAGGCUAGUCACUGUGCAAUAAUCAAGCGAAUGAUGAUGAUCGUUAUAAAAUACUCACGGAAUGAGAAAAUCUCAGAAGCUUCCUCAUCCACAACUGCCAUCGAGGAGGACGCCCUGGCGCGCAUGUAUCCCAACAGGGUGUUUCGCGAGAGCACCAGGAAGUCAAUUAACUCAAUGGUGUCGCGACUAGAGAACGUUAGAAGUGACAUAUUUGACUUUGCCAUGCUGGGCAAGGAUCAGCCAGGAAGUGCGGAAAAGGAUGAAUUUAUUGCCCCAACGGAAGCUGACAAGUGUGAUCUGAUCAGUGGCAUACUGCGAUGCCUACAAAUGGUGGUGAAGGACAACGGAGGCGUCUCAGAGUGCAUUCUGGCGGAUGGAAGUGGCUACAAAUGCCUGGUGGCACUGGGCAGGAGUGGCAACCAAUUCCGGGGAAUUGUCCUCUCCAUACUGUCUACCAUGGUGUUCAAUCGCACAAAUCGCGAUCACAUCGGAUGUGCCAAUGCCGUUACGAUGGCCAGUGAACUUCUUCAGCGAAAUGAUUCUGAAGAUGCGGAAAAUUGCCUCACUGCCGCAGAGAUUCGAUACUGUGUCAACUUGAUCUGCCUCCUCGCCCAGGACUCCUGCAAUCGCGCUAAGAUCCGCCACAGUGGCGCCCUGAAGAAGCUCCUGCAGCGCUUCCGGGAGACGGAGUGUCGCCAGGAGCGUGAUAUGAUAAUGUAUGGCUUCACGCUGUUCUGCUACGAUCAGAUGAGCAUGUGUCUGCUGGUGCGCGAGGGACUCAUCGGAGCGCUGAUAAAGAGGCUGGCGGAGGAACUGGCUGAGGCUGAGGUGGAUCAUGUGCCAAUUGAGAAGGCGCCGGAGAGCAAGGAGAUCAAGAGGAAGACCUUCGAGGAGUCCGAGAUUGCGCAUCCAAUGAAGCGAUUCAAGAUCAAGAGUCCGAAGCCGUCGCACUUCUCAGAGCCAGGAUCUCCGGGCAGUUCCAGUGGAUACGGCAGUUUGUACACGAAUCAAGGCAGUCCGAGCAGCUUCUGCAGCUUAUCGCCGAAGAAUAGUUCGCCCAGAAGUACGGUGUUUGACUCUGACGACGAAUCAAUGACUUAUUCGCCCGUGUGCAGUGACAAUGAGGAGGAAAUCAGGGCGCCAGAGGAAAAGAGAGAUCCUGAACAUGAUGGACUGUCGAACUUGUGCGAUGAAGAUUCGCAAAACAGUCUGGCAGCGGUUGUUCUCACGGAGGGCAUUAAUGAGAACUCGCAAGACGCCGCGUCGCACGAUGCAGUGGCAAUGCCGUCUGAGGGUGUGGAGAAGAGCACAAUCAAGAGGAUCCUGCUGUUGCUGAGAGACAUGCCUCUGAUACUCAAUCAUGCGCCUGAGCUAGCAAAGCUGGAGAGUUUGACGGCACUCCUGAAGACCUGUCGCUUCAUCUCAUAUCCUCACACUUACUGCAAUAAGAUUCUCCACUUUGUGGUCCAUGACACUAAUAACUUCGUGCCGCUGCUGCAGAACGACUUUGUGAUUGACAUCUACAAACUCCGACACACGGGAUACGAUCACACCGACUGCCAAUCGUGCGAGGAGAUGAAGAUUGUCAGCACUUCCAUCCUGGGUGGCUUGUCUGCCAUCGCAGAGUCUGGCUACGGACGUGGGGAAUUGGCGCAUUAUCUGCUCACUGGCGAGAGAGGCAUGAGGAAGCACGUGGCGAUUCUGAUCACGUUCAUCCUGCGCGAGCCCAAGUUUCUCUACACCUUCCUCGUGGAUCACAGUGCACUGUACACCGUGAUGGAGAUCAUCCUCACGGACGACAAGGAGCUGGGCGAGAAGGCGUGCCUGGGCAUUACGGCUCUGGCGGGGAAUCUCAACAUCUGUGAUGGUCAGAGUGGUGGGAAGAAGACUGACAAUCCCGACUACGACGAGGAGAACUACUUAUCAGCCUGCAGUGAUGACUUGAUCUCAUUCGUGGUGAAGGACAGCGAACGAGUGAACUUCAGCGAGAGCAUCCUCAAGGAGUGCAGUGAUGUGUUCAACACAAUGCUCACGAGCCAGUUUCGCGAGUCCAUCAACAAGGAGAUUCACAUCUCAGACGUCAGCGUGGCGGGCAUCAAAUACUUCCUCAACCUAAUCAUCCUCAAUCGCUCAGAUUCGCUCGAUAGCGUGCCUUUGGCGACCGAAAUGACGCCCGCGCUUCAGGCCUACGAGCUCUCGAUGAGGUACAUGCUGACGGACAUCGAGAUGGCCCUGCUCACUGUCAUUCGCAGGAUCAUAAGUGAGGUGAACGUCCUCAGUGUCUUCGAGUGGGCCAUGAACAACAACAAUCGACAAUUGCUGGAAAUAGCCGUCUAUUAUUAUCUCAGAUCAGACAUUUGUGGCAAGAAGAAGCUUAGUAUGUUCCGUGAGGCGGAUCUUUCGGAGUAUGGGAACCAGUGGAAUCAACUCAUGUUGGACACCAUUGUGGACAAGUGUGUGGCAUCGAUGGAGCUGUCAUAA